UAGAUUAUUAUGUACAGAUUUGUUUACGUCUCUCUGGAUUCGGUUGUUUUAUUUUAUUGGGAAAAAGCUUUUUGAGUGUGUGACUCUUAAAUUUAGUAGAGACGGUUGAGUCUUCGUUCUUAUCUCUAAAUCGAGAAUAGUGACAUCAGUUUUCCAGCCUAAUCUAAGAUGCGACCCAAAACCGAAUCUGAUCCCUUCGAAUAUUCACACAGCACCAUACUCAAAUUUACCACUUUACCCUUUUUCUUUUAGUUAAUAAUCUCAAAUUUCUUUUACUCCACAACUCAAAAGAUUCGUUUUAGGUACGCGACGCCCCGACCUCGAACUCUUCUCCAUUCAUUCCUGUCCUAAAAUCUCUCUCUCUCUGUUUCAUCUAUGUUUAUUAUUCAUUUCUCUGAUUCCAUUUAGAUCCAAUAUUCUUUCUCCAUUUCAAAAAAGAUCCAAGAGCUGCUUCUUCCUCCACCCACUUCUCUCUAUAGAUCUAAAAACCUAUUUGCCUUGUUCACUUUCUAAACCUUCAUAGCAAUUAACAAUAAUAAUAAGAUGGAAUACGCCCAGAAAAUGCAGAGGUGUCAUGAGUAUGUUGAAGCUCUCAAAGAAGAACAAAAGAAAAUUCAAGUGUUUCAACGAGAGCUUCCUUUAUGCUUAGAACUCGUUACACAAGCGAUCGAAGCUUGUAAAAAGGAGUUAUCCGGUACGUCAACGACGUCAUCAGAGCAGUGUAACUCAGAGCAGACAGCGAGCGUGUGUGGUGGUCCAGUACUCGAAGAGUUCAUACCGAUCAAGAAAAGCAACGACGGAGAACACGAGUCUCCACGUGAGAUUGAGAAGAGCGACGUGGACAGCAAGAAAUCGGACUGGCUUAGAUCUGCUCAUCUAUGGAACCAUUCGCCUGAUCCAGACACGACAGUAGUAGCGGAGGUAGCAGCGGCUAAGAAGGCGAGAGUUGUAGAGGUGAAACCGAACAGCAACAACCGCUGCGGUUUUCAGCCGUUUCAGAAGGAGACAAAACGUGUCUUCCCGGAGCCGGAGCCGGAGCCGGCGCCGGCGCCGGCGGCGACGACUUGUUCCACCACGGGAAGGGAACAGCAGUCGCAGACGCAUAGAAAACAGAGGCGGUGCUGGUCGCCGGAGUUACACCGGCGGUUCCUUCACGCGCUUCAGCAGCUCGGGGGAUCGCAUGUUGCGACACCAAAACAGAUCAGAGAUCAUAUGAAAGUCGAUGGAUUAACCAACGACGAAGUUAAAAGCCAUUUACAGAAAUAUAGACUUCACACAAGAAGGCCAGCCACGGCUCAGGGUAACGGAAAUUCGCAACAACCGCAAUUUGUGGUGGUCGGAGGGAUAUGGGUACCGUCACCGCAAGAUUUUCCUCCACCGUCAAAUGUAGCCAAUAGCAGUGGUGGUGUAUGCACUCCGGUGACGGCGCAACCACCGAAAUCUCCUAAGCGUUCGGUGGAGAGAAGUAGCGGCCGGUGCAACUCACCGGCGGCAUCUUCCUCGACAAAUACAACCACAACUUCUUCUCCUGUGUCAUAGUUGUGGUUUUGGUGCAAGUGAGUGUAAGAUAGAGUCUCACGUGUUCUUUUUUGUGUUUGUGUUAAAAGUUUUGACCAAUCUUUGUGAUGGUUGAUAUAAUUUUAUCAUCAGAUUUUAGAAUAAUACGUUAUACGAUAUACGAGUUUGAUUUUUGGAAAGAGAGUUUGAUUGUUAAUUA